UCGCCCGAUAAUGGUUCUCGGUUUCGUUGACGCAAAUAUGUUUACAAACUACAACUAGAUAAAAGUAAACAAAUUAAUUAAAAUUAUUUUUCUUUUUCAUAUUAGAAAAAUAUUUAAUUAAAAAAUAUUAAUUGGGUAUUUAUUAAUUCGCAUUUAAAAUAUUUUUUAAUUUUAAUCGAUUGAAUCAGUAGCAUCCGAAAAAUUUCAGUGUGAUUUAGGGAGAUUUGGAUUGAUUAUUAUUUCAGACUGUAGUCGAGCGCACUGGUAAGCUCGACGUAGGAGAAUUUGAACUCCAGCUCUUUGAUUCACGCUACAUGCUAAAGGGGGAAGCAGAAGAAAAGAAAUGCAAAGGAUGGCUGAAGCCCUCUUGCAUUCCUAUCACUAUUAUUCUAGUACUCAUCGUCCUAGUAGUAUUGUUACCUCUCAUUGGCCAGGAUGAAUCCAAAUCUGUAGAAGUCAUCACUCUUGGAGAUUAUGAUGCUCAGUUCAAGAACUGUUCCAGCCCUUGUAGCAUAACAUUAGUUGAGAGCAUACCUGAAAACUUAACAUUUGCUGAGGGAGAACCAUCGCAUACAUCAGUAUUUGAAAGUUGGUCGCAGUUGAUAUCUUUAGCUGAAAGGUCCAUUGACAUAGCAACAUUUUAUUCUACAUUAAAGGGACAAGAUAUACAACCUGAUGAUCCGGAUCCAUCAUCUUGGCAAGGUGACAAGAUAUUCAGUGACCUUAUGAAAGCUGGCACAGAAAGAGGAAUUAGAAUCAGAAUAAUACAAAGUGAACCAACUGGUGCAAUGCCUGAUUAUGAUACUAAAGAACUGGAAGUGAAAGGUGCUGCAAAAGUCAGGAAUCUUGAUUUUAAGAAAAUGCUAGGAAGUGGUGUUCUUCACACAAAAAUGUUUUUGAUCGAUAAAAAGCAUUUUUAUAUUGGAAGUGCAAAUAUGGAUUGGAGAUCAUUAACUCAGGUCAAAGAACUUGGUGUAGUAAUUUAUAACUGUUCAUGCUUAGCCUUGGAUCUGAACAAAAUAUUUGAGGUUUAUUGGAAAUUGGGGGUGCCAAAUCCAUAUAUACCUCCAGAAUGGCCAGCAGAUUUGCAAACUUCAAUAAAUAAGGAUAACCCUGUUACAGUCAUUAUGAAUAAUUCACAGAUUUUAACUUACAUUUCAAGUUCACCACCACCCUUGUGCCCAAAGGGACGUACAACAGAUUUGGAUAGUAUUCUUGAUACCAUUAACAGAGCUCAAACAUUUGUCUACAUAGCUGUGAUGGAUUAUUUCCCAACAUCUCUCUAUACUGAUAAAGACCAUUAUUGGCCUCAAAUUGAUGAUGCUAUUCGAAGAGUUGCUGUAAUCAAAAGGCUUCAAGUGAGAAUUUUAGCCAGCUAUUGGAACCAUACCAAGCCUACAAUGAUGUCAUUUCUAAGGUCACUGAAUGCUCUCAAUAGUGAUGUGUUUGAUAUUGAAGUGAAAAUAUUUGUUGUACCUACCUACACAGAAGCUCAAGCAAGGAUACCAUUUUCUAGAGUAAACCACAACAAGUACAUGGUUACAGAUAAUGCUGCUUACAUUGGUACAUCUAAUUGGGCCGAGGAUUAUUUUGUGAACACAGGAGGGGUUGGUAUUGUCCUCCGCAAUUCUGUCAUCAAUGAUACUGAAGCGAAUAACCCUAUACGUGACCAAGUGGAAGAAGUUUUCAAGCGAGACUGGGCAUCUGAAUAUGCACAUCCACUCUCACAGUUCAAAGACAUAACGUAAUAUAAUGCAAAUAGAAUUUCUUAAUCAGGAACUUGUUUUUAUUACAUUUGCUGUUAUUUCGAUUAUUGAAAAAUUCUUUUAAAGUAAAUGGUGCCUUUUUGCUUCUUGUGAAAUGUUUUAAACUUAAUUCAUGUAUAUAUUGUGAAUGUAUCUCUUAACCACCACUUUACUUUUUUUAUUAUUAUUAUUAAUGACACCAUAAAUGUGUAACUACGGGUUGCAUAGAUCUUUCUCCUAUCAAAUGCAUGCUUCAAAUCAGGCAAGAUCAUGACAGUUGGAAUGAAAAUGUGCCCACUAAUCAUUAUUAUUGCACACAUCUGCUGUCAACUGGCAAAUAAUGAAAGCCAGUAGUUCCAUCAAUCAGCAUCAGGGUUAUGAACUACUGGCUUUUACUAUAAGUCAGUUGUAUGCUCAUGUGUACAGAAAAGCGUGAGCACAUUCUCAUUGCAGCUGAAACAAUCUCACUUGAUUUUAUGGUAACAGUUUUCAAGUACUUAGAGAGUUUUGGCACUUUAUUCAAGUCUUAGAUUUAUUAUUGUUUUUCAGUUUUGAUUUGGUUAUAGUUGAUAUAGUCUGAAUAGAGAUACUUCAUAAUUUUAUUACUAAGGUCAUUAAGUAAUUGUUACUAUUUAUUUAUUGUUAAUUACUUUUUUUUUUUUUUUUUUGCUAUUUCCUUAGUAAUUCGGAAUAAUUUUUUUUGUACUUCGAGGUACUUUAAGAAGCUAAUGAUUUAAUGAAAUAGACAUUUAUAUUAUUUUGUCUGUAAAAAUGAUGCCAAAUUUUGUGCUGGAGCUUAUUAACAUCGAAAAAUAUUUUAAAGGAUGUUAACAGGAAUCAAUGCCUGAAGUUCAGAUUUAUUCUGUUUUCAUUAAGUCAAUUUCAAUCAGAGUAUUUUUAUUUUUGAGAGCAAAACAGCAGUUGAAUUAUUGUUACAAAUUUUGCAUUUUCAAUAUCUAUGACUCUGCCAUUCUAUUAAGAUUUUUAAUCCUUUUCAAUAGUUGUUUCUUCAUGGUGACAGACACAUAGAAAAUUCACUUGAAUAAAUGGCAUGUCAGUGAUAAUCAAUUGAUCAUACAUGAUGCAUGCUUUGAAAAUAAAAUGCAAAUGAUUUGUCAUGUCGAUUUACAUAACAAAAAAUCGGGUAUUUUAUUCUUACAUAAAAGGAUUUUUAAGCCUGUGAUAAUUUUUAAAAAAUUGACGAGAAAAUUCUCAGUAUUUUUAUGCAUGGUAAUUUAAUGCUGUAUAGAAUUAUAUGACUAUAAAUAAGUGAAAUAAUUUUAUUAUUUGAUCUGUUAACUUUGUAUUUAUUUUCAGUGAUGAUAGACGACUUUUAGAGGGUUUUCUUUUUACCCUUAAUAUCCUUCUAAUAUUAGGAAAAAGCCCAACUAGAUGGCUUUUAGUCAUCUAGUUAGGCAUCUUUUUUUUUAGUACUUAAUAUGUAGUUGUUGUUUUUGAGUUUAUGCCAUGAGCAUUUGUUUGACUGGGAGGACAGAACAUUUUAGUCCUUAAAUAUAUUAAGCAUUUAAAUUUAUAAUACUGCAUGACGAAAAAGUUGUAAAUAUUGAUUAAUAAGGCACAACAUACUAUAAUUUUUAAUGCAUUCUCUAAGUUAUUAGUGUUAUAUAUGAGAUUUAUUUUAGGCUUUAAAAUUUUGACUCUUGUUGUGUAUUUCUGAAUGAAGUUAUUUUAAUUAAACAGUGGAGUAUAGUACUCAAUAAUUUAAAAAUGGAAUUUAUUAUUUUUAGUUUUUUAACAUUUUGAUUAAAUUUUUUGUAAAUGUGAUAUAAUUUUUCUUUUUAUAUGCAAAUGAACUUAUGUACUUUUAAGUAGUAUGUUAGUUUAAAAUAACUUGUGUGACUUGUCAUGUUGAAAUAUACUGCUGUGUUCUUUUAUGUAAUUUAUAUAUUGGUAUGGAUUUAUUUAUUGCAUGAUUUCUAUCUAUUUUUUGCUUGUACUUUUAUUG